GAGAAAGUAUUUCAGUGCUUGUUACACACGUAGAUGAUUCCACAGUUAGUAUCGAACCUCGAGAAACGAUAGUUGUCAAAGUAACGUCAGAUUCUGGAGAAUUGUGUAAGUCAAUCUUACCACACCCUGUGGCCAUUUUGAACAGUAGAGAGUUGUCUACAAACGUCGAACGAUAAGCAUUCUUUAAAAUGGAUCAGAUUACACCAAAAGAAGUGAAAAUUUUAGAAAAUCCGGAAGAUAUUCAAGAAAGAAGAGAGCAAGUUCUCAGUCGAUAUGCAAAUUUUAAAGCGGAAGCUAAAAACAAGAGAGAUAAACUUGAAGACUCCCGUCGCUUUCAAUAUUUUAAGCGAGAUGCGGAUGAACUUGAAGGAUGGAUAUUCGAAAAACUGCAAGCUGCUUCAGAUGAAAGUUAUAAAGAUCCUACAAAUCUCCAAGCAAAAAUACAAAAACAUCAAGCUUUUGAAGCAGAAGUUGCAGCUCAUUCUAAUGCUAUAGUAUCAUUAGACAAUACUGGAUCAGAAAUGAUAGCUCAACAUCAUUUUGCAAGUGAUGUCAUUCGUAAGAGAUUAGCGGAUCUUCAUCAAUUAUGGGAAUUACUGCUCUCUAGAUUAGCAGACAAGGGCCUUAAGUUACAACAAGCUUUAGUACUUGUACAAUUUAUGCGACAUUGUGACGAAGUGAUGUUUUGGAUUCAUGAUAAAGAAGCAUUUGUAACAACUGAUGAAUUUGGACAUGAUUUGGAACAUGUUGAAGUCCUCCAAAGAAAAUUUGACGAAUUCCAAAAAGAUAUGGCUAGCCAGGAAUAUAGAGUAACAGAAGUAAAUGAAUUGGCAGAUAAACUUCUUCUAGAUGGACAUCCUGAACGCGACACUAUUUUACGUAGAAAAGAAGAAUUGAAUGAAUCUUGGCAAAGAUUGAAACAGCUUGCUGUUUUGAGACAAGAAAAACUUUUUGGCGCGCACGAAAUUCAAAGAUUCAAUCGAGAUGCUGAUGAAACAAUGGCCUGGAUUGCAGAGAAGGAUGUUGUCUUAUCUUCAGAUGAUUUUGGACGAGAUCUUGCAAGUGUACAAACUUUACAAAGGAAGCAUGAGGGCAUAGAACGUGAUUUGGCAGCUUUAGAGGAUAAAGUUUAUACAUUAGGCGCUGAAGCAGAUCGUCUCGCAGCUAUUCAUCAAGCAGAUCAUUCUAAACAAAUUCAAGCCAAACGCGCAGAGAUAUUACAAUCAUGGGAAAGUCUAACAGCAAAAGCAAAAGAACGACGUUUGAAGCUUGAUGAAUCUUAUUACUUGCAUAGAUUUUUAGCUGAUUACAGAGAUUUAGUUUCUUGGAUGAACGAUAUGCGCGCGAUUAUUUCAGCGGAUGAAUUGGCUAAAGAUGUAGCUGGUGCAGAAGCUCUUGUUGAAAGACAUCAAGAGCAUAAAGGAGAAAUUGAUGCUAGAGCCGAUAGCUUCGAUGCGACUACAUUGGCUGGUAACAAGUUAUUGGAAAAAAAGCAUUACGCCGCGGAGGAAGUAACUAGAAAAUUAAAUUCCCUCGCAGAAGAUAAGCAAUCUCUUUUAAAUCUUUGGGAGAAGAGAAAAAUUUUAUAUGAACAAUGCAUGGACUUACAAUUAUUUUAUCGAGAUACGGAACAAGCGGAUGCAUGGAUGGCGAAACAAGAAGCAUUUUUAGCAAACGAAGAUUUGGGAGAUUCGCUCGAUAGCGUAGAAGCUCUUAUUAAAAAGCAUGAAGAUUUUGACAAAUCUUUAGCUGCUCAGGAGGAAAAAAUAAAAAUAUUGGAUGAAUUUGCUGGUAAAUUAAUAGAAGGAGAACAUUAUGCAGCGGAUGAUGUAGCGCAAAGGCGUCAACUUUUAUUAGAGAGACGCGCCAUUCUUCUUGAAAAGUCGGCUCAAAGAAGACGUCGUCUAGAGGACGCGUACAAAUUACAGCAAUUUGAACGCGAUUGUGAUGAAACAAAGGGUUGGGUCAAUGAAAAACUCAAAUUUGCUACUGAUGAUAGCUAUUUAGAUCCUACUAAUUUAAAUGGAAAAGUGCAGAAACAUCAAAACUUUGAACAAGAAUUAAAUGCCAAUAGAACUCGUAUGGAAGAAAUGGUAGCUACUGGACAAGAAUUAAUCGAAAGUGACCACUAUGCCAGCGAUAGAAUUCGUACUCGUACCGAUGAAAUUAUGUCCCUGUGGGAAAGUUUAACUCAUGCUACUGAAAAGAAAGGAGCCAAACUGCAAGAAGCCUCCCAACAGCAACAAUUUAAUCGUACCGUCGAGGAUAUCGAAUUAUGGCUCUCAGAAGUAGAAGGGCAAUUGAUGUCUGAAGAUUACGGUAAAGAUUUAACCAGUGUGCAAAAUCUUCAAAAGAAACAUGCUCUUUUGGAAGCUGAUGUCGCAUCUCAUUCUGACAGGAUUGAAAGCAUUGCCCAAGCUGCAGAUCAAUUUGUUAAAUCUGGUCAUUUUGAUGCAGAUAAUAUCAAAGCUAAACAAGAACAACUGCAAGCUCGAUAUGCAGCUCUUCAACAGCCUAUGAAUAUUCGUAAACAACGACUUCUUGAUUCAUUGCAGGUUCAACAAUUAUUCAGAGAUAUAGAAGACGAAGAAGCAUGGAUUCGUGAAAAAGAACCAGUUGCAGCAUCUACCAAUCGCGGUCGUGAUCUCAUUGGUGUGCAAAAUUUACAGAAAAAACAUCAGGCUGUUCUAGCAGAGAUAAAUAACCAUGAACCACGCGUGGCUGCUGUUUGCCAGGCAGGUGCAUCAAUGCUGCAAGAAAGUCAUUUCGCCGCCGAAGAAAUUAGCCAACGUUUAGCUGCAUUGGACGAGCAUUGGGGACAAUUAAAGGAGAAAGCUAGACAACGUAAAAAUGAUUUGGACGAUUCUCUGCAAGCACAUCAGUACUUUGCUGAUGCUAAUGAAGCUGAAUCUUGGAUGAAGGAGAAACGACCUAUAGUCAUGAAUGCUGACUAUGGAAAAGAUGAAGAUAGUUCUGAGGCUCUCUUAAAAAAACAUGAAGCAUUGGUCAGUGAUCUGGAAGCAUUUGCAAGUACUAUUGCCGCGCUUAGAGAUCAAGCUGCCUCUUGCCGUCAACAAGAAACUCCUACUGUUGACAUUACUGGCAAAGAGUGUGUAGUGGCACUCUAUGAUUAUACAGAAAAAUCACCAAGAGAAGUAUCCAUGAAGAAGGGUGAUACUUUGACUCUGUUGAAUUCUAACAACAAAGAUUGGUGGAAGGUCGAGGUAAAUGAUCGUCAAGGUUUUGUUCCAGCCGCUUAUGUGAAAAGAGUUGAACCUGAAGCAGGAUUGAGCGCUUCCCAGCAAAAUUUAGCAAGAGAGCAAAGUUCUAUUGCAGCCAGACAAGCCCAGAUCGAAGCUCAAUAUGAUGAUCUUCUGAGACUUGCCCGUGAAAGGCAAAACAAGCUUAAUGAAACGGCCAAAGCUUAUGUACUCGUCAGAGAAGCUGCAGAAUUGGCUACUUGGAUCAAGGAUAAAGAGAAUCAUGCUCAAGUUCAAGAUGUUGGUGAGGAUUUGGAACAGGUAGAGGUGAUGCAAAAGAAAUUCGAUGAUUUCCAAGCUGAUCUUAAAGCCAAUGAAGUUCGUCUUGCUGAGAUGAAUGAGAUUGCCGUACAAUUAAUGAGUCUUGGACAAACGGAAGCUGCGUUAAAAAUUCAAACACAAAUACAGGAUCUCAAUGAGAAAUGGACUAGUUUGCAAACCCUUACUGCAGAGCGUGCUAAUCAACUCGGCUCUGCUCAUGAAGUUCAACGAUUCCAUCGUGACGUUGAUGAGACCAAGGAUUGGAUUCGUGAAAAAGAUGCUGCGCUGAAUAACGAUGAUCUUGGAAAGGAUUUGCGCAGUGUACAAGCCUUACAGCGCAAACAUGAAGGAUUAGAAAGAGAUCUAGCUGCUUUGGGAGAUAAAAUAAAACAGCUGGAUGAAACAGCUAAUCGCCUGAUGCAAUCUCAUCCUGAAACUGCUGAACAGACUUAUGCUAAACAAAAAGAAAUCAAUGAAGAGUGGACUCAACUAACAGCAAAAGCUAACAGCAGAAAAGAGAAGUUGUUGGAUUCUUACGAUCUACAACGUUUUCUCAGCGAUUAUAGAGAUUUGAUGGCUUGGAUAAACUCAAUGAUGGGUUUAGUCGCUUCAGAGGAGCUGGCUUCGGAUGUAACCGGUGCAGAAGCUCUCCUCGAACGACAUCAGAAUCACAGGGCAGAGAUAGACGCACGAUACGGCAUACUUCCAGAGGAACACCGCAUGGAAAUCGAUGCCAGAGCAGGUACUUUCCAGGCAUUCGAACUUUUUGGUCAACAACUUCUACAAUCCAGUCACUAUGCAAGUGUUGAAAUUCAAGAGAAACUUGAAUCCAUGGCUGAAGCACGCCAAGAGUUAGAAAAAGCUUGGAUCCAACGACGUAUGCAAUUAGAUCAAAAUUUGGAGCUACAAUUAUUCUGUAGAGAUUGCGAGCAAGCUGAAAAUUGGAUGAGCGCACGAGAAGCUUUCUUAAGUAGUGCAGAUACUGUCGAUAGUAGCGACAAUGUGGAGGCUCUUAUCAAGAAACAUGAAGAUUUUGACAAAGCUAUCAAUGCUCAUGAAGAAAAGAUUGCUACAUUGCAGACUUUAGCUGAUCAACUGAUAGCCGCCGAGCAUUAUGCUGCGAAACCAAUUGAUGAAAGACGUUGCCAGGUUCUCGAUCGUUGGAAGCAUUUGAAAGAUGCUCUUAUUGAAAAACGUUCUAAAUUGGGAGAAUCUCAAACUCUACAACAAUUCUCUCGAGAUGCUGAUGAAAUGGAAAAUUGGAUCGCUGAGAAACUACAAUUGGCUACUGAAGAGAAUUAUAAAGAUCCAGCCAAUAUUCAAUCGAAACAUCAAAAACAUCAGGCAUUUGAGGCUGAAUUAGCAGCAAAUGCUGAUAGAAUUCAAUCUGUGCUAGCUAUGGGAGGUAAUUUAAUUGAGAAACAUCAAUGUGCUGGUUCUGAGGACGCCGUCCAAAAAAGACUUGCUUCAAUUGCCGAUCAAUGGGAAUAUCUCACUCAGAAAACUACAGAAAAAUCUAUGAAACUUAAAGAAGCUAACAAACAGCGCACAUAUAUCGCUGCAGUUAAAGAUCUUGAUUUCUGGCUUGGCGAAGUGGAAAGUUUACUCACGUCUGAGGAUGCUGGCAAAGAUUUGGCUUCUGUGCAAAAUUUGAUGAAAAAACAUCAAUUAGUUGAAGCUGAUAUUCAGGCACAUGAAGAAAGAAUCAAAGAUAUGAAUGCGCAGGCAGAUUCUCUUAUUGAAAGUGGACAAUUUGAUGCAGCUGGUAUUCAAGAAAAACGACAAAGCAUAAAUGAGCGCUACGAAAGAAUUCGCAAUCUUGCUGCUCAUAGACAAGCGAGAUUAAAUGAAGCAAAUACAUUGCAUCAAUUCUUCAGAGAUAUUGCUGAUGAAGAGUCUUGGAUCAAGGAGAAAAAAUUAUUAGUCGGAUCAGAUGAUUAUGGUCGUGAUCUUACUGGCGUGCAAAACUUAAAGAAAAAACAUAAGAGAUUAGAAGCAGAGUUAGGUAGCCAUGAGCCUGCAAUACAAGCUGUUCAAGAAGCGGGAGAAAAAUUGAUGGAUGUUUCUAAUCUGGGAGUACCUGAAAUUGAGCAACGUUUGAAACUUCUCAACCAAGCAUGGGCUGAAUUGAAACAACUGGCUGCUAAUAGAGGACAAAAAUUGGACGAGUCUUUGACUUAUCAACAAUUUUUGGCUAAAGUCGAAGAAGAAGAAGCUUGGAUCACGGAAAAACAACAAUUGUUAUCAGUUGAAGAUUAUGGUGACACCAUGGCUGCUGUACAAGGCUUAUUAAAAAAACACGAUGCCUUUGAAACGGAUUUCGCAGCUCAUGGUGAACGUUGCAAAGAUAUCUGUGAAGCUGGAGAAGCUUUGAUCAAAGCUGGAAAUCAUCGUGCAGAUGCAAUAGGACAAAGAUGUGCCCAACUUCGUAAUAAAUUAGAACAACUUGGUGCUCUUGCGGCCAGAAGGAAGACUCGACUUAAUGAUAAUUCGGCAUAUUUACAAUUUAUGUGGAAGGCAGAUGUAGUUGAAUCUUGGAUUGCUGACAAAGAAACUCAUGUACGUUCAGAAGAAUUCGGAAGAGAUUUGUCUACCGUACAGACAUUAUUAACUAAACAAGAAACAUUUGACGCGGGAUUACAUGCCUUUGAACACGAGGGAAUUCAGAAUAUUACUUCCUUGAAAGAAAUGCUAGUCGAUUCUGGACACGAUCAGACACCUAGUAUUCAGAAACGUCACGCGGAUGUUAUUGCUCGUUGGCAAAAACUCUUAGCUGAUUCUGAUGCAAGAAAGCAACGUUUGCUAAGAAUGCAAGAUCAAUUCAGACAAAUUGAAGAAUUGUAUUUAACAUUUGCCAAGAAAGCAUCUGCUUUCAAUUCAUGGUUUGAAAAUGCAGAAGAAGAUUUAACAGAUCCUGUACGAUGUAAUAGUAUUGAAGAAAUUCGAGCUCUCAGAGAAGCACAUGCACAAUUUCAAGCAAGUUUAUCUUCGGCAGAAGCAGAUUUUGAAGCUUUGGCAGCUCUUGAUAGGCAAAUCAAAAGUUUCAAUGUUGGUCCUAAUCCAUACACAUGGUUCACAAUGGAAGCUCUAGAAGAUACUUGGCGCAAUUUGCAAAAAAUAAUUAAAGAACGUGAUGUAGAACUUGCGAAAGAAGCUCAACGGCAAGAAGAAAAUGACAAAUUGCGUAAAGAAUUUGCUAAACAUGCUAACGCAUUCCAUCAAUGGCUAGCGGAGACGAGAACAUCUAUGAUGGAAGGAUCAGGAUCGCUAGAACAGCAAUUAGAAGCAACAAAGAGAAAAACUCAAGAAGUUCGUGCACGUCGUCAAGAUUUGAAGAAAAUAGAAGAUUUGGGAGCAAUUUUGGAAGAACAUUUAAUUUUGGACAAUCGUUAUACGGAACACAGUACCGUAGGAUUGGCUCAACAAUGGGAUCAAUUAGAUCAAUUGGGAAUGCGUAUGCAACACAACUUGGAACAACAAAUACAAGCACGUAAUCAGUCUGGUGUUUCUGAAGAUGCCCUUAAAGAAUUUUCAAUGAUGUUUAAACAUUUUGAUAAGGAUAAGAGUGGUCGUUUAAAUCAUCAAGAAUUCAAAUCAUGUUUAAGAGCUCUUGGUUACGAUUUACCAAUGGUAGAAGAAGGCCAACCUGAUCCAGAAUUUGAAAAUAUCCUUGAUGUUGUUGAUCCAAAUAGAGAUGGUUAUGUAUCAUUGCAAGAAUAUAUGGCAUUUAUGAUCAGUAAGGAAACAGAAAAUGUACAAAGUUCUGAGGAAAUAGAAAAUGCUUUUCGUGCUAUUACUGCUGCAGAUCGGCCAUAUGUUACGAAAGAAGAAUUAUAUGCUAAUCUUACCAAGGAGAUGGCUGAUUAUUGUGUUGCUCGCAUGAAACCUUAUGUCGAUCCAAAAACGGAGCGACCAAUCACAGGAGCAUUGGAUUAUAUUGAAUUUACUCGCACUCUUUUCCAGAAUUAA